AUGUCGACAAUUUUGAAGCACGGAAAGCUGGGCGAAAUCCAUGGAGUACUUGGAGAUGAUGUUGUGCAGUUUCUUGGAAUCCAGUAUGCAUCCUUGAAAGACAGGUUUGCAGAGAGCGAAAUUUUGGAUCGUGAUUUGGAUAGCAGCGUGAUAGACGCAACCAGAAUAGGGCCUAUGGUUAUGUCACCACUUCAAGGGUGCGAUGCGGAAUUUGGGAUCAUUCAACAUGCUCUACCUAAGCCAGACUUGACAGUUUCGGAACUUCAUGGGUUGAAUCUCAAUGUCACGGUACCCCUCAUGGAGAGGAAGCUUCCGGGCCUAGGUUCAAAGCUUCCUGUCUGUGUAUUUAUCCAUGGCGGAGGCUAUUCAACGGGAUCUAAUUCUUGGCCACAAUAUUCUCAAGCCCGAAUGGUUAAGUUAUCAGCUGAUAUGGGCUUCCCUAUGAUUGGGGUUGGCAUCAAUUACCGUUUGGGCUUGCCUGGAUUCCUUACAUCGUCAGAACUGCGUGAAGCAGGAUAUGCAAGCAAUAAUGGUCUCAGAGACCAGAUUAAUGCCCUUCGCUGGAUUAAAAAAAACAUUGGAGACUUUGCUGGUGAUGCCGAUAACGUUACUGUGAUGGGAGAAAGUGCUGGUGCUGUCUCCGGGAUGUUUCUCUUGCAUUCUGAAGAGCCUUUAUUUAAAAGGCUCAUUAGCAUGUCAGGCAGUGCUCUGUUGGUCAAGCCGCUUCCUCUACCAGUGUCCGAGUUUGUAUAUGCGUCUCUGGUUAAAUCCAUGGGCUUAGAAAAUUUAUCCGGGCCGGAACGAGUGAAAGCUAUCUUGGAGAUACCCAUCAAAGACCUCUUGGAGAAGAUUCCUCCGACAAUGCCGUUAAUGCCAGUGGUGGAUGGCGAUAUCAUUCCAGGGGCACCCACCUUUUCGCAAAUUUCGGACAAGGCCGAAGAUCCUACGUAUCCAAUGCCUGGGAAACAGUGGUGCGAAUCUUUGAUAAUAGGAGACUGUCAAUUUGAUGGUUCGAUCUUUUCAUUAAUGCUUGGCCCUCGACGAGUAGGAAUAGCCCAGUCCUUCCAUAAAUCCAUCGCAAAAUCUUUCGCCCACCAUCCAUCAUCUUCAGAGAAAUUAUUUCAGGCCUAUGGCAUUACCCCCGACCUCCCAGACAAUAUCGCACUUCGGUCAAUCUUUACUUUUGCAACAGACAUUGGUUUUUUAGCUCCAGUGGUUAGCUUGGCAAGAGGCUGGCCCGGAAAGGCUUAUGUCUAUCAUUUCAACGAGCCAAAUCCAUGGGACGGGGAGUGGAAGGGUGACACUACGCAUGUUCUUGACAUUGCGUUCUUGUUUCAGAAUUUCAAUGAAUUCUUACCACCAGCACAGAAGGAGGUUGCUGUCAUAUUUGCUAGAGAUUUCAUCAAGUUUGUUAACGGUGAGGCGCCAUGGGCUGCCUUUGGAACUAGUAGCCAGGGAGCGAUGGUAUAUGGGCCAAGCCCAGAAAGAAGUACUGCUGCAUUCAUGCCAUAUAUUAGGGGCAAUGCGGAGGAAAGCUGUGGACGCAAUUCCACAAUUUUCAAGCUUGGCGAAGACAUACCUUUGGACGAACUUGCGACCGCUUGGGGGGAUUUUUUGGCAGGACAAUGA